CGUGGGGUUACUGCUGGUGGACGGUGUGAUUGGGCAAGCUGAAAUGAGCAGGUUUAAACACUGUAUUUGCAUUCAACAAGUAUUAGCUGGCAACCUCAACCUAGUGCCGAGUUUAUUUCUGUAAGUGGAGAGAAUAUAACUUGUGUGCUGUUUCAAAAGCAUUUGAAGUGAGCUGCGUAGAAGCGAGGGGGGACAGGCAGAGCGCACGGGCUUUAAGCACAGUCCUGUUUCAGAAAAGGGUGCUGUUUGAUGUGACAUCAUGAGGAGGAAGGACUUCUGACUACAAUGUAAGUUCCACAUUCAAUGAUCUCCAAGUCAGUUAAGAAAUCCAGUGGCUGCAUCGAACUUCUGUUGGGAUAAAGAAAAUGAGGAUGUGAGCUGUAAACCGUGAAGACUGGUAUGAGAGUGAAAUCGGCACAAUGCUGUCAUCCAGUGAGGGUAGAGGCGAUAUCGCAGAUUGGUUGUUCAGUAUUCAUCUGGAGCAGUACACUAACCACUUCAAGCAGUCUGGUUAUUUCACUGUUGAGGACUGUCAACACAUGAACAAUGAAAUUCUUCUUCAGAUUGGGAUUGGUCCAACAGGACAUCGCAAAAGAAUACUUAAACAUUUGAACUCUGUGUUCCCAGAAGCAGAUGCGACGACUGUAUCUAAAAGUCCUGAGACUGGAGACACGGACUUAGAGAGUGCGAAUCAGGUGUUAAGUUUACAUAGCCCUCCUAAAAUUGAACCUGGCAGAAGCGUACCUGCAUCAAAGCUGAGAACUAAUUUUGUUAAAGGCAACUUUACUUCAGACUGUAUAGACCCAGUAAGCAUUGAUGGAUGUAUUCAGUCUAAAAACAAAAUCCCAUCUUCUCAAAUGCAACGAGUUGAAGUAGAGCAGAAAUUUCCAGUUGGUAAGAACCUGAAAGUAGAUGCGUUUGAGCCAGAUGAAGCCUGUUUUAAUUUCUGUGACCCACAAGGUGAUGUGGACAGCAGACCACCAGUUCCACCACGCCUUCACCAGGGUACCCCACCUCUCAAGUUCACUCCCGAUAGGAUGCCACUGCCUUCUGCUUCAGUUGAUUCCUCAAAUAUUUACUUAACAAAGGAACAUUCCACCUCUGCGGAAAUGCAACAUUUAAUCGUCACUCUGCCAGACUCGCCCUUCUUUGAAUUUCAAGGAGAAAUGGUGCAGAAUGAUUUGUAUGUUGGUCACCUGGGCAACGUAGAGCAGGUUACUUCAUUUCCUGUGACAGCAUCUGAUCUUCGAAACAGACCAGUGCCACAGCUCCCUGAUGUGUAUGCAGCCAUGCCAGACUCUACAGACGUCAGUUCCUUACUGAAAAGAAGAAACCUCAAACUUUCACAUGUCUCCACUUGUGAUGUUCCACAAAAACUGCUGUUGGCUGCAGAUGAAAAUAAACCAUCUCCUAUCACCCCAUAUGGGGAAAUGUACCUAUACCAUAGUCCGGAAGAUGAUCAGAAAAUUCUUUCUCAGGAGAUUUUAAACAGACAUCUUCUGCAUGGUAUUGAAACAUCAACAAGAGAAAUUAGUGACCAAGAGACAAACAAUGAAUUAAGGACCCACCAUGGUGCAAAGUUGUCCGACAAUAACAAGGUGGAGCAGUUAUCAUCACACUCUGACCACCAUAUAGCAGGCGAAGAUCCUGAAAUGGAAUAUUCUACAAUCAGCGACAGUACUUGCAAGCAGAAGUUAACUGUUCAGGCGGUUUCUAGAGACUAUUGCAAACUUCAAGCACCAUCUAAGCAGAGUUUUGUGAAAACAGAGAAUUGCUCACUUCUCCCUAAUGCCACUGGAGAAUCUAUCUGUGAUGCAGGACGUAAUGAGCAUGAUCCGAUAUCACCAUAUGCUUGCUUCUAUGGUGUGCCAAAGAAGACAAAGGAAGGUUGGCUGGAUAAACUCUCACCGCAGGGGAAUUGUGUGUUCCAGAAGCGAUGGGUUAAGUUUGAUGGUGAGAAUUUGUCGUACUACAAUAAUGAGAAGGAAAUGUACUCAAAAGGAAUCAUCCCACUCUCUUCAAUAAUCAGAGUUCAAGAGUUAGGAGACAACAAGUUUGAGGUGGUUUCUUCCACCAGAACGUUUACUUUUAGGAUCGAAAAAGAAGGUGAUAGAGAAGACUGGAUGGACACACUUCUCACUGCACUAAGAUCACAGUCUAACAUAUUUUCUCAAUUGAAUUCGCGAUGUGCUGUUACAGCUGAUAAAUUUGGUUAUCUCGAGCUGAGAGGCUACAAAGCUCGCAUCUUUGUUGUACUGCGAGGCAGCAUCAUUUGGCUGUAUAAGAGUGAGCAGGAUUUUAAAAGUGGAAUUGGUAUUACAAUGGUUAACACAAAUGUAGCAACAGUCAAAGAUGUCGAUCGUAAAAGCUUUGAAUUAUCUACUCCAUUCCGAAAUUUCAGUUUCACAGCAGAAUCUGAACGAGAGAAACAAGAAUGGAUUGAAGCUAUGCGGGGAUCGAUAGCAGAAAGCCUGUCAGAUUAUGAAGUGGCAGAGAAGAUCUGGUUCAACGAAUCUAACAGAAACUGUGCAGAUUGCCGUGCACCAGAUCCUGAAUGGGCGUCCAUCAAUCUCGGUGUUGUCAUCUGCAAAAAAUGUGCAGGUCAGCAUCGAUCACUGGGUUCAAAUAUUUCCAAAAUUCGUAGUUUGAAGUUGGAUACCAGUAUUUGGAGUAAUGAACUUGUUGAGUUUUUCAUUGUUGUAGGAAACAAAACAGCCAAUGCUUUUUGGGCAGCCAAUCUCAAAGCAGGUGAAGAAUUGGAUAUGGAUGCUCCACCAAACUAUCGUCUUGAAUUCAUCACUCAAAAAUACAAAGAAGGAAAAUUUCGAAGAAAACUCUCUCCUUUUCUAAACCAAGAAGAACUGAACAAGAUGUAUGUAAGCCCUGUUCUUGUAUCUGCUUUAUGUCAAGCAGUUGUGACACAGGAUAUCUUGGAGACUAUGUCACUUGUUUUCAGUGGGGCAGAUGUCAUGUGUGCAACGGGAGAACCUACUUACUGUACCCCUUACUUAUUGGCACAGAAAGCUGGCCAACGGUUACAAAUGGAGUUCCUGUUCCAUAACAAACUCUCAGUCCUUCCAAAGAUUGAUGAACUGUCUAAAGCUGGCAUCCUUUCUAAUAACUCACAGUCCAGCUUUUUGUGUGGUUUCCUCUACAAGGCCAUGAACACUACAAAAACUGUAACUGAGAAAAGAUUGAAGGAAGAUUUCCAAAAGCGAUGGUGCACCUUAGAAGGUGGGUUUCUCAGUUAUUAUGAAAGUGACAAAUCAGCCACACCAAAUGGGAGGAUUGAUAUCAACGAAGUGGUCUGUUUAGGAGUGGCCAAGUCUGAUUUUACAUGGGGCGCUGGGGUGAGCUCUACCUUUGAGAUGUAUUUGCUGUCAGAGCGUGUCUUCUCCUUUGGAACUGACAAUGUUGAAAUUUUAAAAGACUGGACCCGGGCAAUAUCCAAGUUUCUUGUACCUGCAGUGGCAGAAAUCCUGUUGAAGAGAGACUAUGAACUUAUUGGUCGGCUGUACUACAAGGAUGUGCACAACCUAGAACACUGGAAAGCGGGCUGGUUUGCAUUAGAAAAAUCACAACUCUGCUUCUGUCCUGAGCAGGGACAGAUAGUUGAAGAGGAUUCUGUCCAUUUAAAGAGGCUCCAAGAACUUACUGUCAGCACAGAGAUUGAGAAACCCAGUGAGAAGAGAGAUGUCUUAUUGCUGGUAGAAAAAGGAAGAACAUUGUACAUCCAUGGUCACACAAAGCUGGAUUUCACAGCUUGGCACACAGCCAUCAGGAAAGCAGCAGGUACAGAUGGUAAUGCUCUCCGAGACCAGCAGCUCAGCAGAAAUGACAUUCCCAUCAUUGUGGACAGCUGCAUAGCGUUUGUUACACAGUAUGGUCUUGGCAGUGAAGCGAUUUACCAAAAAGGUGGCACACCGUCACGAGUUAACCUGCUUCUGGAUCAGUUUCGAAAAGAUGCCAGAAAUGUGAAGCUCAGAAUUGGGGAACAUCAGCUGGGUGAUGUCACAGACGCGAUGAAGAGAUUUCUGUUCGAAAUAGAUGAUGCUCUACUCACCAAAGAAUUGUAUCCAUAUUGGUUAUCUGCAUUAGAUGUACAAAACGAAAACGAACGGUUGGAAAAGUAUCGAAUGCUAAUACAGACAUUACCACGUGUCAACCGGGUUACACUUGCUGCACUGAUUGGUCACCUUUACAGGGUACAGAAAUGUUCAAAGAUGAAUCAGAUGAAUACACACAGUUUGUCUCAGGUGUUUUCACCCUACUUAUUCCAAACAGAAGGUCAAACCAAACAAGAAGUUAAUGUCGUAGAGGAUCUGAUCAAUUUGUAUGUUCAACUUUUUGGUGUUAAUGAAGACCAAGUGAAACAGAUGGAGAUAGAAAACAGCUUCAUAACAACGUGGAAGGACACACAGGUUGCACAAGCUGGGGAUCUGAUCAUUGAAGUCUACCUGGGGAAAAAGGAACCGGAUUGUUGCUGCAUAAUUAGGGUAUCUCCGACCAUGACAGCAGAAGAAUUAACUUGUAUCGUUCUGGAAAUGAAAAACAUUGUCACUGAUGAGAAGGUUCUCUGGACAACGUUUGAAGUUAUAGAGAAUGGAGAACUUGAACGAGUACUGCACUACAAAGAGAAUGUUCUGGAACAGGUUCUCCAGUGGAGCACACUGCCUGAGCCUGAAUCUGCUUACUUGAUCAUAAAACAGUUUCAAGCUGCAAAAGCCAUCAAAAAGUACCUCGUGAAAAAUAUCAAAGACUCUGUGAAAGCAGGCAUUUUAAAAUGGAGAGAAGAGCCAUCUAGAUUGUUAUCCGGAAAUAAAUUUCAGGAACGUUACUUUGUCCUGCAGGAUGAAAAGCUGUUCCUUUACAAGGAUGCAAAGAGCAAUAAAACUGAAAGGGAAGUAGUCGUCAAGUCCUUAAAACUGUACCUUGGACUGAAAAAGAAACUGAAGCCUCCGACUAGCUUGGGCUUUACACUUUAUUCAGAAAAACAACAGUGGUAUUUGUGCUGUGAUAAGGAAGAAGCCUAUGUGGAAUGGUUAGCUAGUUUGCUUAAUGCACAGCAUGAAGGUGACCUUUGGCGACUAGAUGGAAAAUUGCACGUUUCAUCAGCAAUGUUGAAUGCAAAACUCAGCAACAUGGGUUUAAUGCCAGGUCAGAAGAAGAUUGAUGGCAGAAAAAUGGAACAAACGCAUGACUGCAGCAAAUUGAAGCUGAACGAUGCCCUUCAUCAAACAUUUCGUGAGGGUACUCAGGGGCGACCUCAUCACUUGGCUGCCUGCCAACUUCACUCAGAGGUUCUGCCUGCAAAUGGACAGGAGCCAAAUAGAUCCACUUUACGCCCAGGUCAAAUCAAUGUAACACAAAACAACACAAAAUUAAAACGUAAUCAAGGACUGCAGACUUCAGGUCAAACAGAAGGCACUCUUUCUAAAAUGGUUUUUGGAACUGAUGCAAAACUGCAUUCAGAACUCAUGCAGGAGCUGAACACUGUCUUUCUGAAAAGUAAUCCAUUGGUUAAGAAUGAAUAAACUAUGUCAACACCUGUAAAAUAUAUGGACAGCUACGUCCUUUAUAAUGAACAAAUCAUACAUCAUAAAAUGAAGAUAUUUUGCUUCAUAAGAAUUCACAAUUAACAGGUUCACUUCAUUCAGCAACUUACAUCAUUCCAUUGUUAAUGUAUGUUAUGAAGCAAUAGCUAUCAAUUCAAAUUAUCUGAUUUUAGAAACAACAUUGAACCAUAUUAAAUACUCAAAAGUAGAAUCCUGACCAUACACAUACAAUACUUUAUGGGCUAUCUUUGAGGCUUGUCAUGUAUCAAAGUUGAAUUACAUGGUGCUUAUAACUAAAUUGGCUGUGACUUCUCAAGCUAUUUGGGAAGAAUUGUUGCAAUGCAGCCUGCAUAUCAAGUGCAGAUAUUCAUAACCAAUGAAUAACCAUUAGUUUGCUUGGAGUUAUCAUUGAUAAUCAACUGUGAUGUUUAUCUUCUUUAUCAGGUUAACAUGGGACUGGAAAGAUUAUCUCCCUAUUGUCCAAUCACAUAUUUCAAUCAAGUUCCUGUAAAAGAAUAUUCCAGAUUUAAUUUGUCCUACAGUGACAUAAUCCUCAAGUAUCCAUUUUCAAGACACAUGAUAUCUAUUUCUUAGAAAACAAUCAAACAUGCACAGCCCUGUGCCUAAGUGACUGGUCUCCAAAAUUACCCAAUUCACUGAAAACAUGUCAAUUUGGCGUUUAUACACUAGAAAGAUUAAAUGAAGUACAGAAAAAGGAAUUUUAUACUUUUAUAAAAUUUGCAUUUAUAACUUGUUUUUCCGUUGUUGCACUUACCGUCAUUGAUUAGCUUAUAUAUUUUUAACUUGCCAUAAUAUUGGCUGUAUUCGAAACUACAGCAUACUAAAUCAGCCAAUGAUUUGGACAGUGUGCGGGCUGAUGUGACAAAGAUUCACUGUAGUAUUUCCUUAUUUUUUAAAAUUAUUUUCUUUUUGUGCUUUGCCUAAAGACAGCCCCCUGGCUUGUGGUCUACUCUAACUUCAUCCUGAGCUGUUUCUCUGUCAGAUUGUGUUAGUGACAGUUUGCCUUUGCCUUGCACUCUCUGAGGCAGGACAAGGAGGUGAGUUCUGGGUCUACCUCAGCUAAAGUGGGAAUUGAAUCUAUGCUGUUGGUGUUAUUCUGAACCACACAUUGGUAACCUAGCCAACUGUGAUAACUAGCCCCUUAGUUCAUCAGGUUCACAACAUUUUGAAAAGAAAUGCAAUUUGUUAUUCAAGCAAAUUGGCAGCACAAUAGAUGCUCUCGGAUCCUUGCCUUCAAUCUGAAGAGUGCUUGCUUUUAUAGCUCUCUUGUUUGCAGCUGAUUUACUCAGUAUAGAAUUUACUAGAUUAAUCAAUUAAGAUAGAAAGAGAUGCAUUUAUAUUGCAUCUUUCAUGAUCGCAGGUCACCCCAAAGUGCCAAUGAAGUGCUUUUGUAGUGUAAAUUAAGCAAAUAGCAAGUCUGAAAUCCAAAUACUUGGUGGCUAUUAUAUCUCCAUAUAUGAAACUGUUUAUAUUUUGCUUUUUUAACACUAACAAAAGGAAUCUUAUAGAACUGUAAACUAUGCCAUACUUUGAAAGAAUGACUAUUGAUUUUUUGCUAGUCUCUCUGAUAAAAUGCACAUAAAUACCUUUUGAAUAUUGUCUUAUGAAGGCCCCAGAUUAAAAAAAAGCAGUUAAAUAUCUCCUUUGCUUCAACCAGAUCCUACAAGAAGUGAUAUGGUUAAUUGGUCUUUAGUUCCUUCUAGGUGCAAGUUGCAAGCAACAUUUUCCCGGAUUCAUUGGGCGACCAAGCUGAGAAUCAGAAAGUGGCAUGUUGGAAGGUAUUCUUUAGAGGAUUGAGUUAAGGUGUACUUUUGGGUAUAGUUUUUAGAAAGGGUCUCAUUGUGCAUUUAGACUGCCUAAUACCUGAUGUGGGAUUGGUUAAAAUCCCUCUCUAACUGAGCCCAUGAAAAUUCAGUAAAAUCUAAAAGCUUCCAUCAAACAAUAAUUUUAAUAACUGUGUACAUCUGCUUUCCUGGAAUCAGCCACAAUAUAAACAUCUGUCGAUUUGAAAUGAUUCCAAGUUGCAGGUGAUGCAUGUUUGGGAUUUUUGAGGAUGUUAUAUGCUUCAUAUAUUAGGUGCCUCAAAAUAUUUCAAAAGUCCUUUAUGCUCAAUGAGGUAGUAACCGGUGACUGUGCACAUGAGGCAAUAAUUUUAGGAAUAUCAAAAUGGCACAAUCAAUGACUAGGUGAAUGACUCUUUAAUCUCUGUUUCUCCUUGAUAUUAUUAAUUGAAGGAUGGAUUGUCGCUAGGUUACCAGGAAAUUAUCUGUCCAUCUUCCAAUAAUACCUUUGGAUCCUUAGUAUCUACUAAAUUAUUGGGAAGAGAAAUGAUCAGGGCUUUUAAAAAACUUCAUACACAAGAUGUGGGUGUCACUGGCUGAGCCCGAAUGUAUUAUCCACCUCUAGUUGCUCUGGAGAAGGUGAUUAGGAGAAAGUGAGGACUGCAGAUGCUGGAGAUCAGAGCUGAAAAAUGUGU